AACGCAGCGCAGUCCUCGCAGCCCCCGUCUUCCUCCCUCGCUGCUGGGGGUCGGGGGAGCACAGUAAGAGGAGGCAGGGGGAUGUUGCGGUCACAACAUUGGCGACAACGAGGCGACAUCCACUGCAGGGUUCGCCAGCAGCCACCGAGGGAGCCAUCGUCGUGCCCACUCCCGCGCCGCACUGGGGCCAAGAGCGGCCAUGCGCUUGACUCUUAGCACGAGGCCAGCGGCGGUGGGGGCCAGGGACGGUUCGAGUCCCGGGCCCGAGGCCUUUAACCCCCAGCAGGUGAGAAAAACUGUCGGAAAAACAAGAAGCGACAUCCCGUUAGAGCUUCGCGCACCAGGCAGGGAAGAUGCUUCUCAGGAUUCAGGCUUGUUUUCCUUGGAGGAUCUGGAUGAGUCGACUCUAGGUCUUCUGGUUGGGUGCUCGGCCGCCGCCAUCUUGCUGGUCCUCGUCGCCGUGCUGCUGUUCUGGAUCCGUCGUCGUCGUCGCCGCAAGUCUCUUGACUCUGGCCUCGACGAUGUCAGCAACGAUGGCCUCACCAAGUCAGCUCCUUCUUCCAGAACGCCUUCUCCCAGUCUGCCGAAGAGACUGUCUUGUCCCGACGCCCUCCAGUUCCCCAAGAAAGGACUGCUUGUGCGCUCCAUGACCGUGGACCGAAUCCCAGACUUCACUUUGCCAGAGCGCGUGCAGCCUCGUUCAGGACCCGAGCGGGUAGGCAGCAUGACCUCCCUUCAAUAUCAACAAAGCCUCAUUGGCUCUCUGCAGCCGGACCUUUACAGCCACAACAGCAGCAUGUCCGAGGACGAAGAGGCUUAUCUGCCCAUGUCUACUCACGGCCGCCUCUGGUACUCACUGGUGUACGACGCAGCCGUUGAGCAGCUCACCGUCACGCUCAUCAAGGUGAAGGACUUACCUGGGCGAGGCAAGAGUCUUCAUCCACGAGAUCCUUAUGUCAAGUUGUUCCUUCUCCCUGACGACAAGACUUAUCGGACCUCUAUUCGCAAAAAGACACUGUCUCCCAUUUUCAACGAAACAUUCGUGUUCCAGGUGGGCGCCAACGAGGUGAAAUCGCGCGUGCUGCGUUUCUCUGUCUAUGACGUAGACAAGCGAAAGGUGCGUCAUUCCCUGGGUCACGUGAUGGUUCCGUUGAAGGAAGUUGAUUUCACCCAUGCUGACACGUACUGGGCCGACCUGGAGCCGACUGCGCAGACUUCGGCGUCUCUUGGUGAGCUGCAGGUGAGUCUGUGUUACCUGCCUCAGGUGGAGAAGAUCAAGCUCGGUAUCAUCAGGGCUCGCGGUCUGAAACAUGCCGACAUGGACGCGGAAACAGGUGUGUACCUGCGUGUUCACCUGUGCUAUGGCCGCAAGGUGUAUCGCUCUAAGAGGACAUCAACGAGACCUGGAGCGCUGGACGUGGAGAUCAACGAGAUGUUGUCCUUCUCAGUAUCCGGAAAGCAGAUGGACUCGUGUCGCCUGGAGCUGGCCCUCAUGGUGUCCAGCGCCCGCAGCGGAGUCUUGAGUCACGACACGGAGUAUGGGCGCGCAGUCAUCGGACCUUUCAUGUAUGCCCGCGGGGAGGAGCUGCUGCACUGGCAAGAGAUGCUGGCCCAGCCACGCGUGGCCAUCUUGCGCAGCCACGCCCUAGUGGCCUGCAGCCAGCCAUGAUGACCAAUAGGCAGGAAGAAGCAAAACAAAACAAAAAACCUCGCAAGACAGGUCGCAGGGAAAUGGCCAUACUGAACUGAUAAAGCACGUCCACAACAUUCAAGCUUUGGCUGCAGAUUUUUACAGAUGAAUUUUUUUAAUGUAGCUAACAGAUGGGGUUAGCAGUCUGUCAAAAUUUUGAAGCACAUGUAGUGACUGUCAGCUUUUUGGUCAAGAUGCUGUUCAACGAACAAGUCGCUGGACGUACCGGUGAGAGUUUGUUUGAUGUUUUUUAAAAAUCUGAUCUGACUGGAAUUAUGCCAUACAGGCACAAUUUUAAACAGCGCAGGAUACAAGGCAGCUAGAAAUUUCAGUUAGAAAUGGAUAAAAUUUUUAACAAGAUAUAAUUGUCCCAGAUUGUGUACUUUAUGAGAACCGCGACCACACGAGAAAGCGAGUGGGAGAUUUUGUGAGAAAAUGUAUCUGAGCCAUUCGAUACAAUAUUCCCAUUUGUCAAUCUGUCCGCUCGUUCGGAGGUAGGUAUUGCAUAUUGUUUGAAUCUUUAGUCCUUACUCUGUUUUUAAGAAAAGAUUUUUGCCUACCCCCACAACUGAGAAAAAAUUUAAUGUCUACUAAUAUUUACACUGAUUGUUACAAAAAAAAAACACACACACACACACACACAAAACAGGAGAAAACUCAAAUGAUGUCGAUGGCAUGACCUUAUAAGAAAACCCCUAAAUGAAAAUCGCGUCUUUAGAAACCUUAUUUUGUAAAAAAAUGUCAUCUGAUUAAUUUUAAAUUUUUGUCAGCAAAAACACAUUGCAUUCCAGAGACAGCAAUGAUUAAACUACCUGGAAAAUUAUUGCUGGGGUGGAGGGGGUGGUGGUGUUUCCAGUGACAUGUAUUAGUUCGUUAACUUGACAUAGAGUUCACGAUCACAACGAAGAGCGAAUUAUGACAACUGGUAGAUGUAAUACAAAAUGUAGAUUCACUGUUGUGAUGACAGCAGAUACAAAAUGUCUUGAAACCCUGAUUGAUCAUCACUUUCAAAACAAAAGUUGCUCAUGUGGAUGAUAUGGUGGGCAUCGGCCAACUGACUGUCAGUGUUAAAUUCUGUUCUAGACAUUCAACAGAAAGAAAAACAAAAAUGUCUAGUUGUCUGCGACUGGUUUUUGCGAAAAAGGGAGAGAACACAUGCUGAAAGGGGAAACUACUCGUAAACUUUGUGACUGUCCAUUAGCUUGCUACACUUCACUAAAGUCACAGUGGUGAACACUCGCAGUCGACGAUGCCUUGAACAUUCCUAGCUUUCUAAUUCUCUACUUCGCCAUUUGUUGUGUCAGUGACAGUGACAGCCUGUACUGCCUUGUGUCAAAGAUAGUUUUUAAUUUCCUAGUUUUGCUAGAAUCUACAUUAUGUCCGUGAUUGAUGGUUUGAGACGUGGGCACAGUCCUUCUUGUGCAGGUAUCAAUCGUACUUUUAUUUCUUUACUUAUUUAUUUCGUAGACCAGCGUCGUGCGAUCGAGACUAAAUUCUUUUUCUUAAAUGACAUGAAAACAGUUGGUGAUGUAUUUGCAUAUUCUACAUGCGCUUUCUAAUCCUGUAAAUAAACAUUUUGAUAAAAUAAAUAACUAGACCAGUCUCACCCACCCCCAUACCUUCGCCCGUCUCAAUCGUUUUUGUAAAACAUAAACCUGUUCUGAAAGAACCACGAGCACAGCUACUUACAGCCUACAUAUUGAGGUUGUCUAAACGCAGUAUUAUCAAAAGACUCUUUACAGUUAAUAUUGAAGUCCAUACAAUGCUAGAAAGUAUUGCCCUCAUCUUAAGUUAGUAUAGUUUGUAGCCACAAAUACUAAAAUAAAUGCCAAAAGACAGUUUUAGCAAAUUAGUACUUACUGCAGUAUCUUGACGGGAUGUAUAUAUAUAUUAUUUAGUUGCUAACAUUUACAAUCAGAUGAUAAAAAUGUUAGGUUUUUUUUUCUAAAACAAUGUGAAGUGAAACCAGUUCUUCGUUGUUUUGUGAUUUGCUUUCUUCUUUAAAAUCUUGGUUUUCAUGUUUUUAGUUUUCUAGUAGCAUCGUGUCGGGACGUGUUGGCGAUACUUGUGAUACAUCGGCUCAUCGUUUUACUGGAUGUGGGUUAGUUUUAAAAAAAGGUCACAUUCCGCCUUAUUGUAUUGUCUGUUGCACAGAAGUACACUGUCAGACAUUUUGUGGCAGGAAAUAAAACUCUUUUCAUUGGUUCGGUGGUAA